AUUAAAAAGUAUCGUAUACUUCUGACUUCGGAAAGUAUCGGAUCUUUUGUAUCGGAUAGAUACUUUUUGCCCACCACUAGCGGGUAGCUUUGGCGUUGCAAAUGCAAACUUAACCUAAUCUUUAAACAUUAAAGUGUUUUUAACCAUCUGUUUUUGCCAAAACAAAUAGUAGAAUUUUUGAAAACAUGUUUCAAAAAGCUGGGCAGAUCGUUCACAAAGAAAAUGCAGUGCAAGCGAUUGUUGUUGCAGAUACCUUUGAUGAUGAAUUUUUGCCCAUUUCUGAAGAGAUGCCCCAUGCUCUUCUACCUGUUCUUAAUAGGCCCUUAAUAGACUACACACUGGAAUUUCUUUCUCUUGGAGGCAUAGAAGAGACAUUUCUGUUUUGCUGUACGCAUGUCGAUGCUGUUAAAAGACAUAUCAACAAGUGUAUCAAAAAUGGAGAAGGCUGGACCUUAACAAUGAAGGUAAAUGUAAUAGUUUCUGAAUCAUGUAGAUCUUUCGGAGACUGCUUGAGGGACUUGGAUGCAAAGGGGCUUUUGCGUGGAGAAUUUGUGUUGUUAGAACCUGGAACUGUGUCAAAUGUUCAACUACUGCCUCUGUUAAGGAAGCAUAAUAAUAUUACUAAAAAUGAUAAGGGUGCUGCUAUGACCUUGAUUCUUCAAGAAAGUGGAAUAGGUGGUAUUGGUAGAUGCCCCCAUGAAGAACUUUUAGUUGCCGCAAAUUCUAAUAACAGAGUGCUGUUUCACAAGAAACUUGGGAAAACUAAAGAUAGAAAAAUUGCUUUUCCUUUGGAAAUUUUCUUGGAAAACCCCUCAGUAUCCCUUCUGCACAACUUAAAAGACACCCACAUAGCGAUUUGUUCAGCAUCAGUGCUGCCGCUUUUCUCUGACAAUUUUGAUUUUCAAACUAAGGACGACUUUGUAAGAGGGUUGCUAAUGAACGAGGAAAUAUUAGGAAGUACUGUUUAUUGCCAUAUUUUGAAGGGGAACCAAUAUGGUGGGUCGAUAACUAACUGGAGGAUGUACCAAGCAAUAAGCUAUGAAUUGAGAAAUAAAUGGAUUCAUCCUCUUAUAUCUUCUACAAAAAGGAAUCGCAAAUUGAAAAACGACGUCUACGUUGGCGACGGUACCAAAAUUUCUGAAUCGGCCGGGUUAAAAAAUGCAGUCCUAGGCACUGACGUAAUUUUAGGCAAAAACGUAAAAAUAGAAAAUUCGUUUGUGUUCUCCAAUACGAAGAUUGAAGAUGACGUGGUGAUAACGCAUAGUAUAAUAGGCGAACAUUGUACAGUUAAAAGUAAAAGUAAAAUUACAGCGGGUAGCAUAUUGGGCAAUGGAUGUGUUGUCGAGAACGAUACUUUUGUGGAGAAUAGUUUGGUGGUUGCUAAGAAGCCAGAAAAUUAUACAAGAUCACAGAGAACACUAUUCAAGUGAUGAAAAACAAAUAAGACACCCUAACCCUCCUAAAAUACAAAAAGAUGCAUACUAAAAGGUACUGAAAAGCUAGCAAAGGCUUACGUCACUGAUCAGUUUUUAUAUAUGACGAUAUUCUUCUUUUAUAUAUAUGUUCAUGUUCACUCAUAUCAAAGCUAACCUAUUAUAUUUGUUAAAGCUUUUGGUAGAUAAACAGUGUAGUUCCUACUAUUCCAACUAGGCGCAGUAAGUUUAAGUUGGAAAAAAUUUCACCACACUCAAUCUGAUUGCUUAGCAUCUUGUGCACAAAGCAGCAGCUUAUCAAAAGAUUGUAAUUUCUAAUGAGGAAUCCAAGCAUACGUCAAGCUGAUUUAACUAUUUGAUUUAAGUGUGUUCAGAAUUAAAGCAAAAGUAAUGCAUAAGUCUUUUGCUUCGUAUACUCUAUCAGGUUUGUCGAUUAUCCAGUAUAACAUCAUAUCUUGUGAUAGAUCGUUUUUUGUGCUUGAAAUGAUUUAAUCUCGCUCAAUUUUGAUUUUUAUAUAUUUUUAAGGUAUUUUGCCAAUCACUGUAUAAUAUCACAGUUAUCAAAGUGGCAGUCAGCUGCAUUAUUUUGAGGUGCCACCAGGAGGAUUUUUCAAAGUGUUGAUAUAUUUUUAUUAUAUGAAAAACAGUCCAUUAAGUCAAAAUAAUCGCAUUUUGUUGCUUUUUUAAGAUGAAGAAGGAGAUAGAUUAGGAGAAAGAGCAUAUAGACUCCGAAUCACUGUGGAUGAUGAGGAGGACCUAUCAAUAAUAGGCUUAGGUCGUAGAUUGUCGAGAUUGCACAUUGGAGAUCUCACUUAUGAAUCGGAUGAAAGCGAGUGUGCUUUCAGUGUCAGUGACGAUGAGGAAUUGUCUUAUACGCAGACACCUCCUCCUGAUGACACAAAACUUUUCUACACCGAGGUUAUAGACAGUCUAACGAGAGGAUUUGAAGAUAAACUUCCUUGUGAUAAUCUGAUACUUGAGAUAAAUUCUUCACGUUAUGCCUACAAUGUCACACUUAAAGAGGUAAAUUUCAACGUCGUUAAGGCCAUUCUGACAAUGUCUCUGAGACAACCAGAAGGUGGUCAGUAUUUUGCUAAUGUAUCUCGAUUAUUGACAUAUUUUACUACAGUGUUGAAAAAUUAUAUCAGGAACGAAAGCGCUAUGAAGGAUUGUUUGGAGGCGAUACAGGAUGUUGCUAUGUGUAGUGAGUCCCUGCCAGAUAAAUGGGUGACGUUCGUCCUUCAGUAUUUCUACAAUAAGGACUAUAUCUCCGAAGACUCGAUUUUGAACUGGUUCUCUACCCUUAUCGGUGGCAGCAAGUUUCAUAGGCAAGUGAAACCUUUCACUGAUUGGCUGAAAGAAGCAGAGGAAGAGUCUGAAGAUGAAAGCGAGUGAUUUAAUUGAAAUUUUAUGAGUUCUUGUUAUUGAAAGUACAGUACAGUCUUUGAUAUUUUUAAUACAGAACGUUGUCGUC